UUUAAGAUAAAGUAAAAUUAUAAUUAAUAUUAUUGCAAAUAUAACGAUACUUCCUUUCCCAUCUUUUUCAAUAGAAAAUGGUGUUGCAACCCUACCACCAUCAAGAAAUGUAAACAAAAGAGCCGCCGGUUGACUGGGCGAAACAAAGUUUAUACAGAAAUGUUAUCAAAUAAUUAGUUUUGUUAUCGGUAAUUGUACAAAACCUCACAAAUUUUAAGGAUAUAAGUAAAAAUAGUUGUAUUUAGAUGUGUCGCAGUAGUUUAAAUCAUCAUUCCAUUACUUUCAGUUAGCCCUUGGUAUAAGUAUACAUUUAUAACAAUUUAUUACCACGCCCUAGUUGACAGUCAUUGGCCGGAUAAAAAUCCGGGUCCGUUCCGGUUUUCGUAGACCCGACUGUCGUGGGAAUGGUAAAGUUUUUCAUCUCCAGCGGUUAUUAUUAUUUUUAUGCACUAUGUCAUCAUUGAUAAGAUCAGAAACCCUACUUUACAUGGUGUUACUUUUGCUAUUACAAAAUUCCUACGGUCCGGUAGGAGCUAUUAACCAUUGGAUCCUCCAAGAUGAUGGACGUAUUACACAAAAAAUUGACUCUCCAUUUUUACUGCGUGAACCACAUAAUCUUGUAACAUUUCUGGAUCAAAUACAACAUAAUGACUACGUGGAGCAGUCUUAUCUAAAAUUGAAACGACAACGCAAAUUAAUUGCAGAGCAUUUACGUUAUUCUAAACAAUUCAGUGAGGAUUUGGUUUUGCAGGCGGAACGCUUACAGCCACAUUUAGGCGCACAGACACAACCCAUGCAAAAUUUGAUUAACUCGUUAGAAGCGCUUACUAAGCAAACGUCAAAAAUGUACAGCUACUUGGAGUUAGUCAAAGAUGAAUUGAAAGAGUUUAGGAAGCUGAAAACACAAAUUACCCAGCAUCAUGAAAAAUUGAUACAACAGCAGGUGCCCCUUGCCUCACGGCAAUUAGAUGAGAAGGUGAAUAAUGAGGAUCUACUAAAACGUGGCCAAUACUGUAGUACACGAACUUUUUCGAGAACAGAAGAUCCAGUUUUAUUUUGUGAUUUUUAUUCCGAUAUGCAAAUGCGUUUAGAUGGAAAGGAUGUGGAUCUUGAAACCUUAGAGCGUGAUUGGCAGCUGACAAGUGAAUCUGUGCUGAAUCAAGUGACUAAUUUGAAUGUACAACAACGCAUGAACUUGGAACAAAUAAAAGCUAUGCGUGCUAAGAAAGCUGCUGCCGCGGCAAGUGCUAAAAGUAAGAAAGUGACGCCGGUUUCGUUAGCAAUAGGCGAUAUCCCCGAUGCUAAAAGUAAUGAUACAUAAGUAAGAAAAUCGUAAUCGCAAUACUAAUAGCUUUAAAGACAACACAUUAAUUAAGUUUAGUUGCUUUAAAUUUGGCCUUUUUUAAUCGAAACGUAUAAAAUAACAAUUUUUAUUAAAUAGGUAUCAAUAAAAUUUUAUUAUCUUUCUUAAAA